AUGACUGGCCUGAUAAAACCUGCUUUAACUAGCCUCUCCGUGGACAUCCUUCUUCUGGCUUGCUUAACUGGUUUAUUUCUUGUAAUGGAUCCUCUACUUCUGGCAAGGAAUCAUCCAGUGCUGCCGGUGCAAAUUCCAAUUCUUCCUCUUGCAAAUUUCCUUCAUGUUCUUCUGUACUCUCAUGCAUAA